AUGGCCGCGAACCCAUACGACACACCUCAAUUCGGCGCCGAAUUCUUCGACCUCUAUCAUGACAACGCCCCAGUCGUCCGCACCGCCAUUCCUCAACUCCCCAGUGGCGGCUGCAACUAUGUGGACUUGACGCCCGGCGCUGGAGGAGCGCGAUGUGGCUGUCGUCGCUUCUGGUCUUUCCAGUCUACUGGAAGCCCCGUCAUGGAGCAGGCUGGAUGGUGCAUGUGCAACCAUCAUGCGUGUUUCCAUGAUGAGCGCCCUCGGGAUCAGCCUCUGUCAGCAGAGAGAAUGCCAACUCCCAACACCGGGCUCGACCUCGAGAAGCUACAGUCUAGGCAACGAUUAGACCCCCUGAGCCCGACUCUCGAUCUCAUCUCACCAAGGGAAACAGCGGCAGUGCUUGGACCCGAACUCAUCAGCUUCAAUGGAGCUCCCCCGCUCUCCUUUCUACAGAAGUCCUUCGACGGUCCCUUCGAUACUCUAGGAGCCGUUCCCACACCCAAGCAAGCAUCCAACUCAAUGCCGGAUACAAUGGCCUGGACAAAUAUCAUACCACCAACCCAACCAGAUGCCCGCAAUGCAUUGCCACCUAUUCCUGCUCAGUGUCUCAUGUCCCAGACGGCCUCCACAACUUCUUCCAUGCACACCAGGUACCUUAGGCCCUUUGCAGGAAAGGGCUUGCAGACUCUCAGCCACAAUAGUCCGGCCGGAAUGCUGCAACAAUCCACCGCCCAGACUGCUUUGCAUGAAUCCCCCACGCAGCAGAAGACGGCGAGCGUCGAAGAGACCUUUGUCUUCUUGACUGGUGAUGAGGAAUCACCCUCACGGCCGAACACAGCUACUACCCAAAUCGAACCACGGGUUGCAGCGGCAGUUGAGGCCAUGCCUCGAGAGACGUUGAAGAACCUCGCUGACACUGUCGGUGGCCACGCACAACGACUUGAUAGGCUGGAGACCCUCUCCUUCUCCGGCAGCGCCCACGAAGAGUGUCAAGACAAGUAUGAACACAUGGACCUUCGAGUCACCGAGCUGGAGAACAAAGUGGAAGACAUUGAGAGGCGCGCUCUUGAUGACAAUGCAAGUUUCCGCCACGAUCGCCAGGACGAUGCUGCCAGCCCAAGUGUUUUUUCGGUCAGCUCCAGUGCGGCCAACCGACCAAGUCGCUCCCAAGAAGUAUACAGCCAGCUCCAGUCGUUACAAGCCCAGGUCGACCAACUUCAAUCUAUCAUCCCUACUUGGAAUAACCCGUGGGAGGUCGAGGUUGUCUUUCUUCCGUUUCCUCUCAAAAGGCUCUGGCAGCAUAUCAACCUAUUCCCAACAGAUCCCAUAACCGAAAAUGGAGACGACUGGACUCAGCUUCCCAUGACACUGAGCACAUCCACGCCUAGAGCCCAAUCUCCGGCUAUGGGUGACUGGCCCACACAUGACAAUGGCAGGGAAUGGCUGUUUCCUAGGGCCUGUGGUGACAAGAGCUUUGCGGACGAUCGUCUGAGGAGUCGUGGGCUGGUGAAGACCAUAAAAGUAAAGGCGCCAGAUGCGAGAAGCGUCAGCAUGGCGAUGCUAGCUGCCUUUGGAAAUGUAUUUCGUGAUAUGCAGAUGUACACGAGACCUCAAAGCCCCGGCCUAAAGGCGUCCAAGUUCAUGGGGCUACAAUCUUCAUGGGUUCCUCUGCGGAAGAUCCACAAAGAUUCACGGCUACGAUUUCUUAGUCCCGACGAAAUGUUGACCCCGGCACUAUGGGAUGUCCAGUUUCUGGCUUCCGUCAUGAUGAAGGCAGCAGAACCUAGGUUGUUCGUUACCCAUCCUGACGCCUACCUCCAGGACUAUCAAUCAUAUGACUCAGCCUGGACAUGGCAGAGGCUGAAAGACGUGCCACCCGCGCGUCCUGACGUUACGGAGUCACAAGAAGUGCCCGAGGAGGAUUCUCCUGAAGAGUGCUGGGCAUGGAAUGAGCUGCUUGACGAAAAGCCAAACGCACAACCCCCCACCACACAACACCGCCAGGAAAGGCACAGGGUGUUAAUAUCGCCCUCGGUGGAAUACUUUUCCGCUAACCAUUCGUACAGGGCCACCAGCCCGGCUGCGGUUGCCCGCCUCCAAAGAUCGAUAACGAGAAGUCGAGAGGGAUCAGAGGCACCGUUUAUUAGGUCAGCUCCGGCAACCAUCAACUCCACAGUCAUCCAGAGCGCAAAUCCCAGGCAGCGUCUAGCAUCCCGCGGACACAGCUGGCGGCCCUCACCGAGCGUCCACGGCCCACCCCAGGCUGGUGUCACGAGGAGGCGCCGUGCUCGAUCGCGCAGCUAUCCUCGGUUCACUCCGGGAAGGACGGCAUCGCCAACUCCUGCGCCCAUCGGUCAUCAGGACCGUCAAACUGGUCGAGGAAUAACCCCCGGCCGUGGCACAACUCCUGGUAGAGGCACAACUCCCUCUCGAGGCACUACCCCGGGUGGCUACGCUACGCCUUACAGCAUCGCUGCCCAUCCAGAAGUCCUAAUGGAACGAGGAAGCAGCGUUCUUGAAUCAGCACCCUCCUCUGACGCUGACGAUGACGAAGACGAUGAUAUUGACUUUGAUAUACCCGAGAGCAGCGGCUCCGACCAAUCCUUUGUUGACGAAAACGACUACGAGAACGAUGGGGACGACGAGAAAACUAGGAUCCCCAGCGCACAGCCGAUUGCUCACCCCCCUCCUGCUUCUCGGCACAGCUACCCCGGGUGGAUGCGGGAGCGGGAGCGGGACAUUGCUUGGCCUGGCAUCGAAGAUCAAGAAAACGCUUACCAUUCGGACGGCGAAAACAUCGAUCCCAACGCCAUGGACGUGGAGCACGGGAGUGACACCAGCAGCCAGCCGCCGUCUGAGUAUCCGAGCACGCAACAGGCGUGGCCGGACCACGCCGAUCACGCAUCAUCAGGGUUUAGCAUCCACCAAGAUAAGGAUCACUGA